UAUCACAUCAAUCUUGCAUCACUCACUUAAAAACCAAAGCCCACAUCACAAAAAGCAUCAAGAUGUUGUAUUUAUGGAUUAUACUGAUUCUGCUUCAUCAAGGAUCUGCUCUACUCUCAGUGACCGAAUGUCAACUUGGUAACUCAGUGACCUUCACAUGUUGGUUCCCUGAUUUGGAGUAUAGUAACACACGAGUCAAGUGGUACAAACAGAACAUUGGUGGUAGCCUUAAACUAAUUACAACGCUGAUGAAAGCUACUGAAAAGCCAACAUUUGAACGAGGCUUUUCUCAGUCACGAUUUGAUGCAAACAGCACACAAGUAAUGAGCAUGCUGACCAUUUUUUCAACUGUCCGAGAAGAUGAAGCACUCUAUCAUUGUGCAGCCUCUACCUGGAGUAAAGAUCAUUGGAAUUCAACCUACUUGUCUCUGAGUGAAAACACUCAGUCAAACUACACUGUUGUUCAGUUGCCGGCAGGAACUGAUCCAGUUCAGCCAGGAGACUCAGUGACUCUCCAGUGUUCGGUCAUCUCUAGUUCUGGCAACAGUUCUUGUCCUGAUGAACCAACACGUUCUCACUCCCAACUCGUCAAAUGUGUGACGCAUGGUCAGGCUCCCUCUGCUUCACUUAUCAACGUGCAGGGUACCCCCGUCGCGUCGAGAAUUGACGUGCAGGGUCCUCUCAUUGAAUACUAUAGAGAUCCCUAA